UUAUCUCAAACUCACAAAGACUUUCUGCUGCUGGUACAAGUGGCUCCAACAAUUGUUGGAUCAGAAAUACCAAGUGAACGAAGCAUCCAGUUGAAACAGGAGGUAACACUAGAAUGUAAAGUGGAGGGAACACCUGCACCCCAGAUUUUGUGGCUGAAGGAUGGAAGACCCCUGGAUCUUGUCUCCGCUCCAAACCUGCGUCUGUCCCAAGAUGGAAGCUCUGUACAUCUUACAUCCGUGCAACCCUCUGACUCUGGCCGCUAUACAUGCCUGGCUCGUAAUGUCGCUGGUGAAGACACAAAGGUUUAUGUACUGAACAUUCUUGCUCCCCCAGUGUUUGAAUCAGGCUCCAAUGUUUCUGAGACCCUCAGCAGUGUCCCAGGAUCACAGGUUACCUUGGAGUGUCAUGCCAGUGGUUCAUUGCCAAUGCAACUGAUGUGGUUGAAGGAUGGGAGUCAACUUUCCUCAUCCCGAUUCCUCAGGAUCUCCUCAGGAGGCGCAUCCUACGGAUAUCCCAAGUACAGGUCUCAGAUGCCGGCAUUUACACCUGUGUAGCAUCGAGUCCUGCUGGAAGUGCAGAGAAAAGUUUUACCCUUCUGGUUGAGAGUAUACCAGCCUUGCCAGUGGAGAAUUCAGAGAGUACUGA